GUUUACAUUUGGGCAGAGGGAAGGGAGGCUGUCUGGAACAUGUGGGUUUUUACUUCAAGGGUUUGUCUUAACUGCUGUGGAAUAUAGGCUCUCAUUUUCGCCUAUCUUUCAGCAAUUUUGACGAAAGAGUUGGCGGAGUUUUAAAAUGCAAAGGUCAUAUUGUUGGAAAGUUUUGCAGCUGGAGUGAUGACGGGGAGGUCAAGUCCGGGACACAUGGGUGCUCGUGAAUGUCAGUGAGCAUAUUUACUGUUUCUAGAACCGGAUGCCGACUUCUGAAUCGUAGUUUAAUGUCGUCUAAGAGAAGUUUUCACGGUAAGAAUAGUCAAAUUGCGAAGAAACCCCGGAGAGCAGGCCUGGUGAAGAUGACUAAGCUGUGCAAGGCGACCUCAGAGGUCUCUGGCGGAGGGGGAGCUGUCGAGGCCCAGUCGGAGAGCGGGGUGGAAGGGGGGUCUGUGCCACCUUUGUCCGAGGCUGCCAUCACGCCGCCAACGUGCCACCUGCUGCAGUCACCAACAAAGUCUCCGUUUGACAAGAAGGAAUACAGGGUUAUUCAGCUUGGGAAUGGACUCCGAGCACUUCUUAUUUCUGACUUGAGCAAGAAAAUGGCAGCUGAAGAUGAUGAAGAAGAUGAAGAUUCUGAAGACAUAGGAGAAGAAAAUGAUGAAGACACUGAAGAAGGUUCUGAUGAAGGGGAAAGUGAGGAGGAUGAGGAAGAAGAGGAAGAAGAGGAGGAGUUAGAUGAAGAUGAAGAAAUGGAGGGUAGAGGCAGUGGAAAAGUGAAUCAGGACACUACUAAGUAUUUGGCCGCAGCAGCUCUAUCAGUCAAUGUUGGUAGCUUUGAAGAUCCUUUCGAAAUUCCUGGUCUCAUGCACUUCCUUGAGCACAUGGUAUUUAUGGGGUCUGAAAAGUAUCCCAAAGAGAAUGCUUUUGAUUAUUACAUUAAGAAACAUGGUGGUCGUGAUAAUGCUCAUACUGAUAUGGAGCACACUACAUUUUACUUUGAGGUACAGGAACGUUUUCUAAAUGAAGCCUUGGACAGGUUUGCCCAAUUUUUUAUCCAGCCACUUAUGAAGGUGGAAACCAUGACAAGAGAACGUGAAGCAGUGCAUAGUGAGUUUCAGAUGGCAGUGCCUGAGGAUUCGUAUAGAACCCAGCAGCUCUUUGCUACCCUUGCUGCUGAUGGUCACCCAAUGGGGAAGUUUACUUGGGGUAAUGAAUCCACCCUGAAUGUUGGGAUCCCAAAUGAGGAACUACACAAGAAACUUCACGAGUUGCGACUGCGAUACUACUCAGCACAUUACAUGACUUUAGCUGUACAAGCUAGGCUCUCUUUGGAUACUUUACAGGAAUAUGUUACGAGUAUAUUUUCUCUGAUACCAAAUAAUGGUCUUUCUUGCCCGUCGUAUAAGCACCUUGAGCUCCCUUUUCCCGUGGAGAAAUUUCACCGUCUGUAUCGGAUUAUCCCCAUGAAGGAAUACCACUCUGUAGAGAUUAACUGGGCUUUGCCUUCCCACCUGAAGCACUAUAAAACAAAGCCGUUACACUACAUCUCUCACUUACUCGGCCACGAAGGGAAAGGCUCCAUUUUAUCGUACUUGAAGAAGAAAGUGUGGGCAGUUGGACUGUAUUCUGGCAAUGAUGGUUCAGGAUUUGAGCAUAAUACCACUUAUGCUGUUAUGAGCAUUAGUGUGGAGCUGACAGAUGAAGGCUUCAAGAAUCUGGAUCAGGUCCUGUUGGUAGUAUUCCAGUAUCUCUACAUGAUUCAGCAGACUGGACCAGUAGAGAGAAUUUUUAGGGAGAUUCAGCAGACGGAAAAGUUGAAUUUCGAUUAUGCUGAAGAGGAGACGGCUAUUGAAAAUGUUGAAAAUCUCUCCGAAGGAAUGAGGAUGUUUGAGCCUGAGGAUUAUCUCACCGGAGACUCCCUUCUCUUCGAAUAUGACCCCGAGGUUAUAAGAAAUUGCAUGCAACAGUUAGUACCUGAAAACUGCAAUAUUAUGAUCAGUUCCAAGAGUUAUGAAGGCCAGGAUGUUUGCUGUCUGACGGAAGACUGGUUUGGCACAAAAUAUUCGGUUGAAGAUAUUCCUCAAGAGUGGGUAAAAGAAUGGAGUAAACCACCAGAAAAUCCUCAUUUGUUCAUCCCAUCUCCAAACAAAUUCAUACCAGACAAUUUUGACUUACUGAAAGUUGAAGAAGGUGCCACGGAAUACCCAAGAGUACUUCAGAAGGAUGACUGGGGUGAAGUGCUCUACAAACAGGACCAGAAGUUCAAGUUGCCGAGGACGUACUGUUACAUCUACUUCCUGUCAGACCUCCUUCUGCAGUCUCCCAGAGCAGCAGCUCUGUUGGACCUCUACCUGAACCUGUUCCAGCAGCACUUGAUGGAGGAUAUUUACCCUGCCAACAUGGCCCAGUACCACUACACCAUCAGUGCAACAGAGCGAGGCUUAGUGAUCAAAAUCAAUGGUUUCAGUCAGAAACUUCCUCAAAUGCUGGAACUUCUACUUCAUCACAUGGACACAUUUGAAGACAAUUUGGAUGAAAAGUCUUUCCAAGAGAUAAGACAGCAGCAAAUGAAAUCUUAUCAUAAUGCUAUCAUUAAACCAGAGAAUAUGAAGAAGAACAUCCGGCUGUCAAUAGUGCAGCUUGUGCACUGGACACCCUAUGAGAAAUUGAAAGCGAUAGUUGAUGUGACUAGCAAAGACCUUUUAGAAGACUUUGUGUAUAAGCUUUAUCCAACCUGCCACAUACGGAUGCUUGUCCAAGGUAACACAUCAGCCUCACAAGCACUGGACAUGUACAACUUAGUUAAGUCAAGAAAGGUCAAGCAUGAGAUGCAGGUUAUGCCUCCGUUCCCUGAGAUGCGAACAAUGAAGCUCUUGCAAGGUUGCUGGAUUGCUCGUCUCAAGGCUGUCAACCCAGCAGAUACUAACACUUCUGUCAUUAAUUACUACCAGGGGAAGGAAGGAACUCUGAUGACUGAGGUUCUUCAUGAAUUCAUCCAGAUGGUGAUGGAUGAGCCAGUGUUUGACUUUUUGAGGACUCACGAACAGCUUGGAUAUCACGUGUAUUGUACAAACCGCAAUACGUACGGAAUUCUUGGAAUCUCUAUUACAGUUAAUACCCAGGCUAACAAAUUUGGGGUUCAGCAUGUUGAUGAGAGGAUAGAGGCAUUCCUCAAAGAGUUCUUGAAUACAGUGAGGAAUCUUAGCAAUGAAGAAUUACUGAGCCUGAAAGAUACGCUCACCUCCAUGAAGCAGACUGUUGACUUGACUCUGAGAGAAGAAGUGGAUAGGAAUUGGGGAGAGAUUACCGAUGGAGAGUAUCUCUUUGAUAGACUGCAAAGACAGAUUGAAUUGAUAAAGAACAUCACACGAGACUCUGUAGCUGCGUGUUUGGAAAAUCUGGUGUGUAAUAAGAGUAAUGAAGAAUAUAGGAAGCUGACAGUGCAAGUGGUUGGGGCAUCCAACCCAGAAGAUGGAACGCCACCUGCCCUGGAUGGCUUGUUAGGAGAAGACAGUGUAGUGAAGUUCCUGGGACCAUGUGACAAGAGUGCUGUGAAAGACUAUCCUGCAGAAAACUUUAUCACGGACAUUGCCAGCUUCAAGGAAAAACUUGAACCGUACCCAGUAACCAAGAUUGUUUAACAUUCAUUGUAAAGAUUAGGUGAUAUGGAUUUUCAUUAGAUCAUCUUUAGAAACAGUAUGUAUCCCCAGUCCUUGUGUAGGCCUUUUCGACACUGAAUUUCAUUUGAUAAGGUGCAUUUGCAGUGCCUGAUGUGGGGAAAGUUGUUAUGUAAAGGGUAUGUGAUUUUUUUUUGUUUCUUUUAUUUUAGUUCAGACUUUCUGAUGAAGGUAUAGUGGUAAUUAAUAUUUUUUUUAUUGAUAGCAUAAUUUGGAUUGAAAAUACAGCUUGCAUUUCAUAUAUUCUUCACAUGUUUCAGUAACUAAUAUUGUGAUUAAUGCUUAGAGCUUGCUGGUGCCCAGAUAUUGGUUUCUGUGUAUAACAGAACCAAAGAUUUAUGGAAGAAAAUGGAUUAAUGAUGUAUUAUAAUAGGUUGUUAUAAUAAAAAAGAAAAGAAAAAAUGUUCUAAACGAAAUAUGUCAUAUUUCUAAAAAGUGAAAAUAUUUGUGGUCUGAAGGAAGUGUUUAAAAUUUUAAGGCAUUCAAAAAUUAUAUUGAAGGCUUUUUUCAAAAGUCUCUGGUAUUGUAAGCAUGUGCAUCUUGUAAACCUACAAAAGUAUAAGUAGGGUUUAUCAAAACUUGCAUGAAAAAUAUACAAACUUUAUAAUAAAAUAAAAAGAAGCAAUUAUUUUAUUUGUUGUUGAAGUUUGAAAGUUAUUGAGUGCCAAACGGAAGCAUAGAAAAUGGCUCUAUUCACAUUAUACUCAUGAAAAGUAAAUGUAUAUCGAUAAAGGCAGGAAAAUGCAUGUUUUUUUCAAGUGUGAUUUGAAAAAGAAUAGCAAGAUGUACUAUAUAAUAGUGUUAGUGAAUGGUACUCUCUGUGCAUAAUAACACUGGCUUGUGUAAAACAAUUGAGUUUUUCUGUCCCAUAAGGAAUUCUGUUAAAAAGAACCCAGAUAUAGAUAAAGAAUCCAGAUAAUGAAUAUAAGAAUUUAGGAAAAUGAAAUUCACUAUAUGUAAUAUGUUCCUGGAAAUUUUUUUCUGCUGUAAGAUGUAGUUUUAUGAUCUUCACUGAUGAUGGUGGAACUGCAAUUAGAAUGGGAAGCAAUAUUAAUAUUUAACCCUCCAGGAAACUGCAACAAGUCUUGGCUUUUGUGGAGGAGGAAAAGUUCUGUACUGACAUCUGAUAAAUCCUUGUACUUAAUGAAUUAGCUCUUUGUUUUAUGUAUUGCAUGAAAUGUGUUUGUUCCAAAGCAUUUUUACAAUAUAUGAAAUACAUAUAAAACAUGGGAGCAUUAUUUAUUCUAAUUUUCAUUGGUUUGGAUGAAGAGACCAAUCAUUCUUUUGAACCACAAGAGACCAGGCCUGCUCAUGGAAGUAUUUGAAUGAUAAAUACCCUUGUACUGACAAAAGGAUUCAAUUCAAUAACUGUUGUGCUGAAAUUGGUUCCAUGUAGAUGUAAGCCUCUUUUUGUUUCUUUACUGUAAACUACUAUUGUAAUGUAAACUUGUAUAAAUUGCAUUACUAAUGUGAUAUGUUCCUAUAAACUUUAUGAUUCCUUAUACAUUAAAUAUCAGGUGAAUGAAGAGAAAUAAUUAAGAGGUGUAAGAAGCUAGUUUUCAUAAUAAGCUUUUCUUUUGUUUAUGAAAUCCAUUCAAGAGAAUUUAGAGUUUUGGAAGCUAUCAUGUCACAAUGAUCGAAAAUAGUCAGGAAUUCGGAUCUUUGCCCAUUUCCAAGGUCCAGUUUAGUGUGUGUCUACCAUGCAUUAAAAAAGAUAGAAAAUAAAAAUAACUUUUCAUUUUCUAUCACAGAAUGCACUUCAUGUUAGAUCCCAUGUCUCUAAAUGGAUCAGGUUCACCUCCAAAAUCCUAUCCUCAGGUCUCUAUCAUGGGCCAACCCACCCGUAAUGAUUUUUGUCAAUCUGCCAAUUACUUUUUUUGUAAUCUUGAUAACAAAUUAACAACAAAUCAAGAAACUAAGCAAUUAACAAUAAACAUUUGCAAAAGCACAACUCUUUUGGCACUGCAGGUAAAUGGAGAAGCUCUGGACGAUGGAGUGUGCUCCAUCUGCUAAGCAUCCUUUGUAUUAAUUCCUUAGAAUUAUUUUUUCUGUUGUUGGCUAUGAGUUUACAACAUAUUUGGUUUAGAAAGAGGAUUUAGUAGAAGGAAUCUUACUACAUUUAUGUGAACUGUGCCAGCCAAACAGCACUCAGACCAAAAUACUCUAUGGAAAUUGCCUGUUUGCCUUGUUACCAGUGAGGUUGUUCUGGAGCAGAAAAAUACAUUUGAACCAACCCAUGUGCCUGGAUUGCUAAUUGUUUAGUAUAAAUAAACUUUUUAUGAGGAUUGUGGGACAAGCAAAUUUAUGUCCAGAUGUAAGGGUGUGUGUUGCCUUUUAGGAAAAGAAUGACAAUAAGAGGUCUGUAAAUUUAUUGGAUGGACAGGGAUAAAAAUACUUUCAAAUUUUUGAGGACCUCCCUGUUUUCAUUGACUUUGAUUUUGUCCAAUUUGGCUCAAUUCAAUAAAGAAAUAAAUACGUC